AUGACUAGCCUGGCAUCAGAAAGGGAUUCUUUCUCUAUUUUCUUCCUCUCUUUUCUCUCUCUCUCUCUCUCACUCUCUCUCUCUCUCCCCUCUCUCUCUCUCCCCUCUCUCUCUUACUUUCUUUCUAAUUCCUCUGCUUUUUCUUUCUUUAUUGGCUUUUUAUUUGCCUCUUUCUUUAUCUUCUUGUGCUAUUCCUUCUCUUUCUCUCUCUCUCUCUCUCUCUCUCUCUCAGCUUCUUUCUUUCUUUCUUUUUCUUCUGUUUCUCUCCAUAUAUUUUUGUUUUCCUCUUUCCUUCUCUUUUUUAUUUUCUCUCUUUCUUUCUUUCGUUUUCUUUUUCUUUCACUCUUUUUCUCUUCUUUCACUCUUUUCUUUCUCUUUAUUUAUCUCUUUUUCUUUCAUUUUUUUUCAUUCUCUCUCUCUCUCUUCCUUUCAUAUUUCACUUGUUCUUUUUACUCAAAAUCUCUCUUUUUUGUUUUUAAACCUAAAAUAAUUUUCUCUCUCUCUUUCUUUUGUUUUACCUCUCUUUCUGUCUUUUCUUUCUUUCUCUCUCUCUCUCUUGAAAAAAUUCUCUCUUUCUUUCUCUCUCUCUGUUUUACCUCUCUCUCUCUCUUUCUUUCUCUCUCUCUGUUUUACCUCUCUCUCUUUCUGUUUUACCUCUCUCUCUUUCUUUCUCUCUCUCUGUUUUACUUCUCUUUCUCUCUCUCUCUCUCUCUCUCUUUCUUUCCUAUCUCCUUUUUGUGCACGUUUCUCUUCCUCUGA